AUGCACUACUUCGAGAGUACCCAACCCGGCCGCCCAGGCCGGCUCUACAACGCCUCUGGCAUACCUCCCCUCGAAUCCCCCGUCUCCCCGUCCACUAUCUCUGACCAUCACUCAUGGCAGCGCGAACUCCUCGACGUGGGGAUCUUCAGAGAUACCCUCCUCCCCAGCCUCUCCCUGCACGGCUCUCUAGCCCUUGUAGCGUACGGCGUCGGCAGAGCCACCAACAGCGUUGAGGCCAAGGACUGGCUAUGGCCCGUCGGCCCGGUCAUCAACGGCUGGUGGAGUGCCAUCGGCCGGAAAGUCUACCGGGGUCUGACCCUGAGCCAGGCUCUGGCGUUGAUGUCAAGGCCUGAGAGGUUGCUGCUAACAGGCGUUACGCUCUGGGGCGGGAGACUGCUCUAUAGAAUUGCGAGCCGCAGCAUUCAGCGCAGACGCGAAGGAAGGGGCGAUGAUGAUCCGCGGUACGAGGUUGAGAAGAGCGAGGAGGGGUUCUGGAACAAGGCGCUUUUCACGCUUUUCUUGCCGGAGGCGCUGGUACAGACUAUUGUUACGUUGCCAGUUACGGCACCGUUUCACCACCAGGGUGCGGUUCUGACGGGGUAUCAUCCGCUUCUGCAGGCGUGUGCUGUGGGCUUGUUCUCAGCUGGUUUUGCGCUGGAGGUUUUGGCGGAUGUGCAGCUUGACCGAUUCAAGAGGACGGAGAAGGAUAAGACGGCUUUGUGCAAGCAUGGUGUUUGGAGUUUGGUUCGACAUCCAAACUACCUGGGUGACAUCUUGGUUCAUCUGUCCUUCCCCCUACUCCUUUACGGAUCGGAUAUGCUAGCUCCUAUCGAGGUCCUCGGCGGUAUCGCCAAUUACUUGUUCUUGCGCUACAUUGGCGGAGACAAGCAGACUGAGAAGCACCAGACGCGAAGAUAUUCCCAGUCGAGCGUCGAGAAGCAUGCCGACUUCGAGAAGUUUAAGCAGAGCCACAACUCGGUCUGGCCGAAAGCUGAUGUUCUGGAGAACAAGUGGUUCUGGAUUGUCGCUGGAGUUGGAGUCGCUGUUGCUGGUAUCGAGCAGGCUAUUCACCAACUGGUUUAA